CCCCGCGUCUCCCGUCAGCGUUGACUAUCCGCUAUGGAGGUUAAAAGUAAAGCGAGGCGGGACAGAAAUAUGGACAAACUCAUAGCCGCCGUCCAGGCUAGAGAGUGUUUGUGGGAUAAAAGUUAUAGAGGACACAGAAAUCGGUUUAAAUUGGAGCGGUAUUGGAACGAAGUCGCGGCCGAGGUCGGCACCACAACUUUGUACUGCAGAAAAAGAUGGAAGAACCUAAAAGACCAAUGCCGAAAAGAGAUGAAGAAGAACCCUCAUCAGUCAGACUGGCCGCAUUUCCAGAAGCUGAGCUUCAUUCAUCAUCAGUUUCUGGUAGACGAUGAAGACAAUGAUGAUUUUAUGGGUGAUGAAGCAUUCAACGCUUUGGACGAGUCGAUCAAAACACCCAAAUUAGGAUACACUAUGCGAAAAAAGUUGCUCAUGAAUAAAAGAAGGACGAUAGAUGUGGAUAUGAAUAAGCUUAUAGACCUGGUGAAGGAGAGAGAGUUGAUAUGGAAUAGGCAGCUGAAAGGACACCACAAUUGGUAUUUACUGGAUGAAAAUUGGAAGGAAAUAGCGCAGGAGUUGGGAGUUACACGCGACGAGGCCAGGCUCAAAUGGAAAUACCUGCGAGACCAAGCGAGGAAGGAGAUAAGAAAAUCAGAGUCCGAGUGGUCUUACCUACCAAAACUAGAGUUCCUCACCAACCAGUUCUAUGAGUACGAAGGGGGAGAGACGGUCGAUGAUAAUUAUUACGACAACACAUUAGACUACGAAGCCGAAGCGGCGCCGGCGACCGAUUUCUUUCCGGAGCAAAGUGAAGCGGCCACGAGCGAAGCCCCACCCACCUCGUCGAACGUCAAAGACGACGAGUUCGACGAAUUCGACACGAAACCCGUCAUAAUGGAGACGGAUUUCUACGACGACGACCACCCAACCGCGAACAGCACCAUCUCCGAAACUCCCAAAGACGAGGACGUGGGCUUCUUCGACAGUCUAAUACCGCACGUCAGAAAGUUGCCACCGGCAAAAAAGUUGAUGCUGCGAAUGAAAAUACAGGAGCUAGUUUAUAAUACGGUGUAUAAUAAUAGUAAUGGGGCAUCGUCGUAAAUAAAAUAAGACGGACGCACUUGGAGAGAUUAAGUCCCAAUUUCACCAACGACUGUUAAAGUUAAUCCUCGAUUUAGAGUCAUAUUAUCUCUUUCGUUUUUCAUAUGAAUGAAAGAGAAGACACGACUUUU